AUGGAAGAUAAAAGAUGCAAGACGAAAGAUGCAAGACGAAAGAUGCAAGACGAUCGAUCGAUGAGAGUCCCGAGGGAGGGCAUAGUCUGUCCUCCCUCGUACUCAAUUUCGGAACGAUGCAGCAGUAGUCAGGCAAGUAAAGGCUCCGACGGUAAUCCGCCAGAGGCCGGUCUCGAGGACGCUUUUGUUGGACUGGAAGCAUCUCCUGACCUCUUCGGAUGUCCCGGAGCCUUUGAUGUUCUCGAUUACUAUACGGGGGACGAUCCAGGGGGGAUAUUUGGGGAGAGUCUUCCAGAUUUACGUCCGGAUGUAUGUCCGGAGGUAUAUCCAGAUGUAUAUCCAGAUGUAUAUCCAGAGAUAUGUCCGGAUGUGUAUCCGGAUGUAUGUCUGGGAGGGAGUGGGGGUGAGAGUUGUGGAGAGUUGGGGGAUGUGUGGUCUGGCGUGCCGAUGCCUGGCCAGUUCCCGAUGUCGAACUGGUUGGUAGGGAGAUUCAACGUCACUCAUGGUGACGAUGAGUACAGCCUUUCACCCGGGCAGCCUUUGGAAGCCCAGUUCACCGAUAUCAGCCAAAACGGACUGGGCUUCGGUCCAAAUAUGGGCUCGGACUUAGACCUGUCGUCACUGAACUUCAUCGAUCCCAGUGCUGGACAGCCUUCCUUAUUAGAAGAAGAGCAAAGCGGACUAUCCACGGGCACGCGUUCAGAAAAGGGCUCAGCAGAACAUCUUACGGGACCAGAUUUCGUGUGCGAGAUAUGUGACGUCUCCUUCCCUUCCCAGGGCAAGUUAAAUACGCAUAAUAGACGUCACGAGAGAAACCACCGUUGCAAGCAAUGCGACCGGCGUUUCUCAGAAGCACGAGACCUACGCCGCCACGAACAGUCGAUACACCAGCAGGAGUGGGAUCAAUGCCCCCAGUGUGAGAAGAAGUUCAAACGACGGGGCGAUAACUUGCGACGGCACAUGACGCAGUAUUGCAAGUUCAAGAAUAGAGAUAGGGUUUAG